AGUACGCAGCUGCGUCACUAUCAGCGGAAAAGCGUUACAUGUAUAACAGAUGGGUGUUCCAGUUGGAGUUUUGCAUCUGUUUUUACGUUUUCGAGCUUCCAAGAAUAAAGUGGUUUCAACUUCCACGUCGUUUUGGUGAUGUAGUAGCUUACGUACUUAGCUUCUUCCAGAUUUCACAACUGUUGUCGGUCUGUUUGGUUUCUUAACAUUUUUCAAUCAGUCUCUACUCGAUAACAGCUAUCGGUGGUUUAUGUUCGGAUAUGUUUAUCGUUUAUGGAAAUAAGCUGAUGAUUCCGUUAGAGAGACACUUGUUUUCAUCCUAAAUUGUGCGUUUUUUGUUCCGAACUUCUGACCGGUUAGCCCAGGUGUCACCCAUACCACGCUGUUUGUUGUCUUAUCUGACUCCUAGUUGAUGUUCACAGUCAAUCUUCAAAAUACGUGUUUAUUGUACCGAUUGAAUACAAUUAGUUUUUUUACUAUAUCAACUGACGUGUCCUGAAUUAACCAGUGAUGUACAUCUAACAUCAACACAAAGCAAGAGGACAAACUGGUGUGUUAACAGACCAUAAGUAAAUAUUAUUACUGUGUUAACUGAUACCUAAUACUCAACGAAUGAUCACACUUUGUUGGGUUUUUUAAAGAAACAACAACAGCUGAUGGUACCGAAUACAAUACUAUUAUUAUACGGAGUUUUCACUCUCAGGAUGAUUGUUAGUCACAAUAACGCCAGCUCAACUGGUUACUUGUGUUAUAAACAAAGAGAAGCUAAAGAGGAAGAAGUUCAUGUAAAGCGCGAUAGACGUUUUCAGUGUUUCCGUCCAGUUAUAAAGAUCUACAACAAAUUAUAACUAUAUCUAUCUAUCUUUUCAUUUAAAAAAUAACAACAACUAGUUAUCAGAAGUUUCUGAAAGCUCAAUAAACGCUGGACUGGAACCUAAACGGCGUUGACACGGUAUGAAAGAUAAGAUAUUCAUAUUCUACUGAACCUAGUGCCUAUUGGAUUAUUCACUGCUAGUGUUUUAUGCCUUCUUCGGUCACUGAUCGUUUGGGCCACCGAUCUAAGUGGGAAUGAAGAGACAGAAUGUCAGAACGUUGUCACUCAUUGUGUGCACUUUUACUUACCUCCUAGUUGGGGCCGCCAUCUUCGACGCGCUAGAGUCGAAUAAUGAGUACGAGCAACGAGACGCGCUUCGGCACGUGGAGAGUAUUCUACUCCAAAAAUACAACGUUACCAAGGAAGACUAUAAAAUAUGGACUACGGUGAUGAUUAAGAAUGUUCCACACAAGUCUGGUAUACAGUGGAAAUUUGCCGGAGCUUUUUACUUCGCAACAACUGUAUUAACAACUAUAGGUUACGGUCACUCAACGCCAGCCACAUGGGGCGGAAAAACGUUCUGUAUGUUCUACGCCCUGGCGGGAAUCCCGUUAGGCCUAGUGAUGUUUCAGAGUAUUGGUGAGAGACUCAACACCUUCGUGGCCUACCUGCUAAAGACUGUUAAAAGGUGCCUAAAGAUGAAGAACACGGAAGUCACAGAGACUAACCUCAUCUGUCUAGUGUCCAUCCUGUCUACGUUAGUGAUGACCACAGGGGCUGCAGUCUUUUCCUGCUAUGAACACUGGAAUUAUUUCGAUGCUUUCUACUACUGCUUCAUCACGUUAACGACGAUAGGCUUCGGUGACUACGUUGCUCUACAGAAAGAAAGCGCCCUUCAAAGCAAACCCGAGUACGUGGCCUUUAGCUUAGUGUUUAUUCUUUUCGGCCUCUCCGUGGUGUCUGCUGCCAUGAAUCUGUUGGUGCUUCGUUUCCUCACAAUGAACACCGAGGACGAGCGAAGAGACGAGGCAGAAGCUCAAUCGGCAGCUCAAGAAGCCGUGCGCCUCGAGGGUGACGUCAUUACGGCUAACGGCAGUAUAAUUUCCGGUCAUGGGCCCGAUGCAUCCGAUUCUGAUGACGCUACUUCCGUGUGUUCGUGCACGUGCUACUCACUAAAACGAACGCCAAAACACAGACAUUCCCUGCGAUCGUCUAGCAGCGGGAAAAACUUUCAUUUGUACCCCAUGCAGGUGCUAAGUGAUUCGGAUAAUAGGGAAGACGUCUUCAAUUCGAUUAAUGUUGAUGUAGACUCUAGUCUUUUUUAUACACUGGAAGAGUAUAAACAAAAACGAGCCUCCAUCUGACAUAGGGAGUCUUAAAUGUAAUAAUUUAAAGUGUAUUUAAAUUAUUUAAGAACGAUCCGUCUGCUUAAUUCUUCUGAAAAAGACAGAAACAGAUAUCUAAACAAACAUACAUAUAUAUAUAUAUGAAUUUUGACAACCGCAUUGUUAGUUUUAUAAUUAAACAGCUAUAAUAAUGACAGCACUAUCGAUUUUUUUUGUUAUACACCUUUUAAGGAAUACCAUAAUUAAGUCGAAUAUUUAUAUUGUUCAUAUCUUCAACAUCAUCUCGUGCGUAUUAGGAUGUACAGUAGCGUCUUAGGUGGCAGAGAAUGAGACUUAGCAGUAACAUGUGUGUCCUAUUUUAAUACGAUCGAUAAAAAUUUAAAUCGUGUCCUUCUCUACUGGCCCAGUAGGGGUUUCCAGUAAGAUGGCAUGAUUUAAAUGCUAUUAUACACACAACUUACAUACCGAAAUCUGGCUUCAGGUGUGGUUGGUCUAGUAACCAGCGUGUCUGAACUGUGAUUCAAAGGGUUCGUGGUUCCCGUCCCUUUGCUGCAAAAACUCUUUACAUUAUUUGGGACCGUAAGUGUGCUGCUAUUCGGUCAGACAUAGAGUGGAUGGUAAGUGACCUGUGCUCAGAUAGCCCACGUGCAGGUUUGCCCCCCCCCCCCAAAAAUCAAAACAAACUAGAAACCUAUACUGUAGCAGUAAAGAGCAGUGUGAUUUAAAUUAUCAUUGCUUUCUUGUUACUACUAAACAAAUCAUCUGGUUGGGUUAUCGAUUUCGUCCGUAAACAGCACUGUAAGACUGUAAUAGGACUACAAUGGUUCUAACAAUGUUUUUUCUGUGAUGUUUUUAAACGCCAGGGCAGCCCAAGCAUGAAAGCUCAUUUGGCCUCAUUGUGUAACUAAGCAACGCUGUGGAUUUUUAAGAUGUUUUGAAGAGAUGAAUUUUAUUCUAUCUCUUUACGGGUUUUUUAAUGGUGGAUUAUAUCGAGUACAUUUUAUCUGACCAAGACAAAGUCAGCAAGGCUUUUCGAACAAUUCGCGAGGUCGCCAGGUCAGCUGGGAGGGUCACAAUGGUAAAGCGCACGCAAAGAGUCAUGCGUUUAAAAAAAACAUUAUCAUGACUAUUUUGGAGUUUCUUAACAGCGAUAUUUCUAUACAGGUAGGUCAACAUAGUUUGUUUUUUUUUUUUUGUUUUUCAACUGAGCAGUUGCUCUUAUUUAACUAGUUUUAUAGGCAAAAUAGGGGCAGCGUGGCCUACUGUUUAGAGUUUUGGACUAGUAGUUGGAAGGUUGCAAGUUUUAGGUUUUCUCGCGACAUGCUGUUUUGUUCUUGAGCAAGACACCUUGUGCCAGUUUUUGCGGUCUAUACGGCUGUAUGAUUGGUAAAAGUGUAUGUAUGGGAUGGACUGCGAUGGACUGGCAUCUGGUCCAGGAAAAAAUUAUCACAAUUUUCAUCUGCUUGUGCCAUUGAAACCGGAGUUCAACAAUGGCUCAUAUUUGCUGAGCAGAUAUGGAAUGGCUUUAACUUGACAGCCAAAAACAUUUGAGUGAGAGACGUAAUGAAUCGGCUGUAUAUAUAUAUAUAUCUAUUUUGGCAUUCAUAUUUGAAUUUACACUAGCUUUCUAAUUCCUAAAGCUUAUACAUAUAUAUAUAUCACAAUUUCAAUUUCACUUUUGUGGACAAAUUCUCAGACUUUCCUAGUCAGCACAAACAAGGAAAAAUCGAAAAUUCUUUAAAAUAAACAAAAGAAUCUCGUAAAAAUUUACUUUGAUAUGUAAAGUUCAGUCUAACUUAUUUGAACAUACUUUAUGUUUCAAUAUUGAGCCGAGUAUUUGUUUUUAUUUUAAAUUUUUUCCACAUGUUCUUCUUUCCAAUCUUCAGUAAAGUUUUGUGUUUUCACUUCAUUAAAAGCAAAAUAUACAAAAUUCAAUCAUAGUGACAUAUAUUUCCAAAUUUCUACUUUGAAAUAGUUUUUUUUUACUACUUUAAAAAUAUUUAGCCUGCAAGUUAUAUUUAUUAAAGAAACAUAAAAACAUGAUGUUUAUGUAUUGUAUUACUAAAUUUCGAAAUAAGUCUUAAAAAUAAUGAACACAUUUUUUCACCAAUUUCUAUUAUUUUUUUUCGACCCAUGAAAAUGAGAAAUUAUGUUAAAUGACUGAAUAUGUAAACUAUGAUUAUUUGUUGCACUAUGCGACCAGUGAUAUGAUAAAGAAGAGAUGUAAUUUAAAAUUUUUCUAAUAUUUCUGAAUGAGCUUAUCAUUUUCUCGAAUUUAUUUAAGUAAUGAAGUACUGCCUUUAUCGUCGAAUAAUGUAAUGAUAAUUUCACUUGAAGUUCCUUUUUGAUUUCAGGCUUACUCUUAGCUACUAUUAAAAUUGUUUUUUAUUUUUUCAUGAAACCGUUUUUAUCAGUGUGCAUCGUUAUUCUAAGAGUAUAAGUAUUUAUUUCAGAAGAAUGUACAGACGCUUACGAUAAUCUUUUAUAGGUAGGUGAGUAUAAUAAAUAUGACGAUACGUUGUAGAUUAUCUCUUUACAAGACGAUUAUACUUCUUUACUAAAAUUGAUAAUCCGAUGGAUUGCCGUUUCUGUACGGAUGAUGUAAAAAUAUCUGCUUGUCAAGAAAUAUAAACAUA